CCAACCCUUCCUCACUCUCCGUUGCAGCCUACGACGCGCCCUUCUCCCUCCCGCCCCCACCUUCUCCUCCUCCUCCUCUUCGCUUUACCAAUGGCGACUUCCCCGGCGAACUGUCUCCCGGAAGCCGACUCCUUGCCCGAUGGGUUCGUCGAGGUGUCUGCCGACCCCCCGCCUCGGCCGGCGUCGUCCGACUACAAGGACGCCUUGCUCGAUCUUCAUUUCUCGGGCCAACGGCUCGUCGACCCGUCGCCCCCGCCCUCGGAAGCAGCGGAGGGGACCCUAACUCCGGAUUGUCUGGUGGAUGGGACGGAGAAGUUUGUUUUCUCGACCGACUUCUUGACGAGAGAGGAUGGCGUCGGCGAUUGCUCCGACUCGGUGGCGCGAGAUGGCAUCUCGGAGUCGAAGCCUGGUGAUGAUGCCUCGAAGGAGAUGAGUAGAACCCCGAAUGAGAUCUUGAUAGGUUCAUCUGCGGGACGAAGUAGCCAAGGAGACUGCCAGAGUUCCGAAACAGAAACAAAAGGCCAGUUGGAAUUAAAUGCCAUCAAUCUAAAGGAAGGAGUUGAAGCAAAACAAAAAGUUACAAAGCGCAACACAAAGUCAGAGGAGCUGCUAGAAUAUACUUUGAAAUAUCAAAAAGUAAUGUUAGAGAGAGAUGCAGCUGUUGCUGUUCGUGAGAAACUUGAGUCACUUUGCAGGGAGCUGCAACGUCAGAAUAAAAUGCUUAUGGAUGAAUGUCAAAGAGUAUCUACAGAAGGACAAAAUAUGAGACUCGAUUUGUCUACAAAGUUUAAUGAUGUAAUUAAGGAUAUCACCAAUAAACUUGAGGUGCAAAAAGAUGAAUGCCUUUCUCAGCUCAAUGAAAAUGAGAUGUUGAGAAAUAAGAUAAAACUCCUUGCUGACCAAUACUCUCUCUCUGAACAACAUUUUGCCCAAAAGUUACAGCAGAAGACGCUAGAACUUCAGCUUGCUGAUCUAAAACUUCAGCAACAGGAACGGAAGUCUGCUAAGGAACAAACCCAGAUGCAAUUGUAUGCUGAACAGGUUUCACAGCUUUUGGCCACUGAGAAGAGUUUGCGUCUACAGCUAGCAGCUGAUGAAGAGAGAUUUCAGCAAUUCCAAGAUGCUUUGUCAAAAAGUAACGAGGUCUUUGAAGCAUUUAAGCAGGACAUGGAAAAGAUGGCAAAAUUGGUAAAGGAACUUAAGAAAGAAAAUGAAUUUUUGAAGAGCAAGUGUGAGAAGUCUGAUAUUGCACUCGUGAAGCUCAUUGAGGAGCGUGAGGUGAUGAAGAAACAGCUAGAAAAGGUGAAGAAUCAAAAGGAAAAGCUUGAAUCUCUAUGCCGAUCUCUGCAGGCGGAGAGAAAACACAACUUGGUUAAGGCCACCUCGGAUCCUGUUGCUGUUGCUGCUGCUCUCCAAGUAACUCUGUCGAACGAAGACUCCUCGUGACAAGUGAAGAAAUCUUGAUCAUUCCCACUCUCAAGAUUACAAAGGUGAGAAAAGAGGGUACCACUUACCACACCCCUUUUCUCCCUGGUGUAUUUGUCUUUUUUGCGCUUGAAAUGUUACUGUUAUGUUAUGUCGGAACGAAGCAAGCAAUUGCCAUUGGUGAAUUGUUGCUUCCUUUAACAUCUUCGAACUGCAUGUGGUAAAUCUUUCAAGUUAUAUGAAAGGUAAACCUGAGGGGGUUUGGAUUAUG